CUCUCUUCAAGGCUUCUUGUUGGCAGUGGUGCCUCACCGCCCUCCCAAGGUAAACAAACACCACCCAUCCAUUCUUCACACAUCACCAACCCUCAUUACUCUUCAAACCCAGAUCUCACUCUCAAUUCCAUCUUCAUGCAUUAAAGAUUGCAAGAUCAAGAUCUGCAAGAAACCUUUGUGUUCAUAUCGCAUUCAACCCUAUAAAUGCCAAGAGUAAGGGGUUCAGAAAUGCCUCAAAGGGUAUCAACCAGAGGCCCUGCUCCUCUGCGAACAUCGAGCUCCGACUCUGAUCCACCGCACCACCGUCCGAUUACGGACCGCAGUCCGAAGCUCGGUGACCGGCGGUCACCAAGAAGCGAGCCGCUGAACCAAAAGAAGCUGGGAACUCGUAUCGCAGGGUUGGAGACUCAACUUGAGCAAGCUCAAGGUGAGCUCAAGAUUCUUAAAGAUCAGUUGGCUUCAGCCGAAGCUGCAAAGAAAGAAGCUCAAAAGGAACUAGAGAAAAGGACUACAACGACAAACACCAAGCCAGCCAUUUCCGAGCCGGAGCCGGUUCAAGAUUUUCGUUCUUCACCAAGCGAAGCACAUGAUUCGAACAAGGAAAUGAGUCAAGAUCACGAAACCCCAGAUGAAAUCCAGAAGGAAACCGAUGUUUUUGAAGUCCCAAUUGAGACGGUGAGCUUGAAAUCAUCGGUGGUGGUUGAAUCACCAGAAAAGCUCCAUUUUGAAGCAGCCAUGGCGUCCAAGAACGAAGAGAUAAGCUCACUGAAAUCGAAAAUCGAAGAGAAAGACAACGAACUACUCGCAUUCAGUCAAGAAAACAAGAAUCUAAAACAUCAACUGAGUGAAGCCAAUGUGCAGAUUUCUAGUGGCAAAGCGAAAGAAGAGAAGACGAAUUCGAAGUUGAACCAUGUCGAAGAAGAGUUGAAAAGGAGUAAAAAAGAUGGGAAUGAGUUAAACAAGAAGCUGAAAGAGGUUGAAGGGGCAAAAGAGGCAUUGGAAACAGAGAUGAAGAAGCUGAGAGUGCAGACGGAGCAGUGGCGGAAGGCGGCAGAUGCAGCGGCGGCAAUUUUAUCCGGUGGGGUGGAGGUGAACGAGGGGAGACGGGUAUCGGAGAGGUGUGGAUCGAUGGAUAAGCAUUAUGGUGGUGUGUAUGAUGGGUAUGGUGGAUUUGUGGGAUCACCAGGAGGAUUGGGAGAUGAAUGUGAAGAUGGGAAAAGAAAGGGGAUUAGAAUGUUUGGUGAUUUGUGGAAAAAGAAGGGACAGAAAUAAGGGACUGGAAUUGGAAUUGAAAAUGGAAAUGGAAAUGGAAUUGGAAUGGGUUGUUUGAAUGGUGUUUUGGUUGCAAGUUUGAAGGUUAUUUGUCAAUGUAGAUUGAUGAUGUUAGAAUGAUGAUGAUGUAUGUUAUGUUUAAUAUUUUCUUGAUAUUAGAAGCAGAAUGUGAGAGCUCAAGUAUGCGUAUAAAAGAACAAACAUCUAAGGAUUCAAGAUUUCUUGGAUUGUGGUUUAAGUGAAGUUUUA